AUGUCCGCCCUGAAUUUCGAAAACGACUGUAUCUACGUGUGGACAUCUAUUUCACGCGUGACGAGAGAUGUUAGGGGCGAGAGGACUAGUUACGUUGUGACUGUUGGAUGGCGAGUUCUUUCACCUACCAAUAACCAGCCUACAAAUCCUAGACCCAAUCUAAUUACCUCGCCAAUGGCCCCUUCAAGCACGACGCCGCCAAGGGUUGAUAGUCUGGGGAUUAUACGUAGAAUGCCGAUACCUCCACUUGUGCCCCAAACAUCCGCGAUUGCACAAGGUAUAGCCAGGAUGAGAGCUGAGGAGGCUGCUGAACAAGCGAGAGGGAAUGGGCGUGAAGAGGUAGACAGGACGUCGACUCUGAGUAGCUGCUCGCCAGGUUUUUGA